AUGCAGUUCUUCGUACUCGCCGCCUUGAUCGCUGUCGCUGCAGCCAAUUCCGACUACUCUGGCUCAACUUAUCCGACUUCAUCUUACAACAGGCCAUCUUAUUCACCUUCGACGUAUCAGGUCAAGGAAUACGCCCCCCAGCCGCACGCUUUCAAGUGGGCCGUCAACGAUGGUUAUGGCAGCGACUACUCGCACACUGAGAGCAGCGAUGGCUACGUAACCACCGGCACUUACCACGUUCAACUGCCCGAUGGUCGCACUCAAAUCGUCAACUACAAAGCUGAUAGCUACGGAUACACUGCUGAUGUCAAAUACGAAGGCGAAGCCAAGUACCCCGCUUACUCCGCACCGGCUUACUCCGCACCAGCUUACUCCGCCCCAGCUUACUCCGCCCCAGCUUACUCCGCCCCAGCGUACACUGCCCGCGACUACUAA